CAGUAGUCUGCAGGAUGCCGUCGUGAUCGUAUGUCGUCUGUACUUUUCGUUCGAUCCGUCGGAUGUGUCACGUGUUUCUUUUACUGGUAUACAUACACCACUGAUAGCAAUCGGGGCACGAUCUGCGCUGCGUUCCACCCGUGGCUGGUGAGAAUCAAACCCGAGGAGUGGACCGAGCUCGCAAGGAGGCACAGUGAAUUUUAUGCAAGGGUCGCGAUAGAUGCAUCGUUGAAUCCUGAUACCAGGGCAUAUAUGUCCACGCAAAUCCGAUAUGAGUACAGGAGGAAGAUCGUUCACCGGGAGAAGAUGACACCGCGACGAUACGUGUUCGCAGCGAUCAAGCGGACACUGCUGGCCGGCGGCCUCCUGACGUUGCUGGUGCUGGCUCUGUCGAGCCAGGACACCGGGAACAGCGUGCAGCAAGGCCUCUUGUCGGAGGAGGAUUCGAACCUGACGCCAGAGGAGAGAUUGAUGGAAGAAGCGGCGUUCGCGGAGACUGAGAAACGAUUGUACUCCAGGAAGAAGUUCCUGGCGCAGAAAUGCGCCGAAGAGGAACUCGACCGACCUGGAAACGAUUCACUUCACAAGCCUAAUGCCUGGGAAUUCCUCGUGAACAGAGAAUACCAUUUGAUAUGGUGCAACGUCUUCAAAGCGGCUUCCACGUCUUGGAUGUACAAUUUUAAUCUACUCGCAGGGUACAGCCCACAAUUCCUGAAAGCAUCGAAAGCCGUGCCAGUUUCGCUGGCGAGGCAGAAGUAUCCGAGACACACGGCGGAGGAGUUGAGCAAAUUUUUGAACGAUAGCAUCAGCUUCCUGAUCGUGAGGCACCCGUUCGAAAGAUUGCUCAGCGCCUACAGAGAUAAAUUGGAGCACAGCUUGCCGCAUACGUUUCACAGUAACCUCGGUACCCAUAUCGUGUGGAACUACAGAACCAAAACCGCUGGAAGGCACGGACCGAGGUACCCGUUGUUCGAGGAAUUUGUACGAUGGUUGUUGUGCCAGUGGAAAGCCGGGAACGAGCUCGACAUGCACUGGACACCGAUCGUCACCUUUUGUACACCGUGUCAAGUACGGUUCGACGUGAUCGCCAAGUUCGAAACGCUGCACGAAGACCAAGAUUAUCUCAUAAAGCGAGCUCAGGUGGGCAAUAUCAUUAAGCCAGAAUGGAAGAACCCUACCAGAGGCGUCCAGACGAAGGACGUGAUCAAAAAUUACUUCGCUCAAUUGUCUAAAUUGCAGAUCAAUGAUCUCUACGAGAUGUUCAGGUACGAUUUUGUACUGUUCGAUUAUUCGCCCGACGAUUACAUAGCGCUCGGAAGGGACGAAGAAACUGAAUUGAUUUGUAAAAAAUAAUCGUCGACGGACUUAAACGACGUUAGAAGUCGAUCACAACGAACGUACCUACUGAAACACGGUACGACUCUCGGUCUAAAACGAAGACAAGGAAACGCACCAACAACUAAUCGAAUUAACAGAGUGAAGCUGCAUUUAAAUUUUUGAUAAACGUUAUAGUAUGUUCGAUUGUUAGGGCCUAAAGGUGGAGAUUGUAAAUUGUUACGAAUCAACGAACGAGAAUGAUUUUACGUGCAUGGUACCUGUAAGAGUAUCCCGUUGUUUAAAUACUUUUCGUGACAGUGGUCUUUUUACUUUACAAGAUGAACAAAAGUUCUCGAUCUUAUCUGCUUGAACAUCGAAUGGGAAUAAUCGAUUCGUUCUGGAGAGCAUCCUGGUUUGUUAAUUUUUGUAAAGUGCAUCGCGAUACGCGCUCGACGAAUUUAUAAUAUCAAUUUAAUUUGAGUACGUCACAUCUCCACGUUUCAUUGUUUCGAGGGAUGCAUACUCUUUCUCAGAUUCUAUAUGUAUGUAUGUACAUAUUAUGUAUAAGUAUUAUUAUUAUAUUAUAUGAAUAUAGUAUAUACAUGUGUUGACACGAACGUUGUUGAAAAUAGUUAUUAUUAUCAUUGUACCAAUGAUAGUAAUACUGCCUCAAGAAGAUGUAGCAUGUAUUUCGAUGAUUUUAAGAUAUACGUUAAAUUAUAGAACUUCCACGACACCGAGUCACAUAUAGAUACGUCUAAGUCUUUCAGUGCUUAAUUACUACGUCUUAUAAGGAGUAGAUAUCGAUUAAGUUAAGCAGGAUUAAAACUUUACAUCAGAGCAAACCUUUUUUAUAAAAUAAAAUUACGAAACUUUAUGGAGUACUUAAAUCUAUUGGAAUAGGACGUUCUAUUAUGAAAUCUAAUUUGUAACGACGAACAAGUCUCGACUUCUUAUAAUUUUAUAUAGACCAUGAACGUAAAGUGACAAUAAUUAUUUUAUGAAAUAAAACAAUUUGACGAAA